CUCCCCAAAUCCCACUUGGGUUCCAACAGCAGAGGCUGCAUCCUCAGAAUCAACAAUCUUUACUCUCUCAAGCUAUUGAUAGUUCAAGUAUUUCAACGCAAGAGAAAUUACUAUCUUCUGGUUUAUUACAAGAUCCACAAGUAUUGAGUAUGUUGCAACAGCAGUAUUUAUUGCAGUUACAUUCCCAGGCGCCUGUUCCAACACAACAAAUGUCAUUGUUGGAUAAUUUAAUGUUGCUCAAGCAGCAGCAACAGAAACAGGAGGAGCAGCAAAUUUUGUUAAGGCAACAACAGCAGUUGCUUUCCCAGGUUAUGCCAGAGCAUCACUCUCAACAGCAUUUUACUGAGCCAUCUUUUGGACAGAUGCAGGCUUCUGCGAUGCUGAAAGGGAUAGAUCCCUCCCGGCUUCAGUCGUCACAAGAAAUGUUUCCAGUUGGUACAAAUGUGCAGGUUGCUAAUACGCAAAAUGAACUUACUAGUAGUUAUAUGACUUUGCCUCCCCAAGGUAACCUAGAUAUCAGUCAUAAUGUUAGUGAGGGAGCAUCCUCAGUACCUUUACCGCAUCAAGUGCUUGGGAAUAUUACCCAUCAAAGAAGUCGGGAUGUUACUCCGGCGGCACCAAUUUCUAUUCAGCAGGAGUCGCUGCCAAUGUCCACAAAUGUUGAGAGCUCACCGUUGUUUGAUGUGAUGACCAAAUCUAGAGAGGUGUCCCUUGCGCAGGAGUCCAUACCUGAUUCUGAUUUUCAUGUUGCUAAAACCCUGGAAGAGGCAGCUGAAAACGCUUUCAUAGCUGACCGAUCUGCUGGGGUAGCAAUUUCUCAGGGUGUUGCAGAUCCUCUGCGAUCAUUAGGAGCUUUUGAGAAAGAUGUACCUGAGCAUAUCAAUGAUGUGAAUGUUCAAUCAGGCAAUCAAAUUGAAGAACAGCAGAUUGAAAGGGAAAAAUACAAUGAUGAGGCUCCUACAGUGGUUGAAGCAAAGAAUGUUGAAGUAAGAGGGCAAAGAAAGAUUUCUGAGAAGAAGUCCAAGAAGCAAAAAUCUGCCAAGGCACAGUCUUCAAGUGACCAAGCAAAAGGAGCAUCCAAGGCGCAGUCUGAAGCUGAAAAGCCUGUUGUUGGUGACGUAAAAUUGGAGACGAGAGGCAACCGAGGCAGUAAGCCUGAAAUUGUUACAGUGGAGGCUGUGGAAUCCCGACAAUCUGAAAAUUUAGAGCCUGUGAAAGUUUCUGGAGAUGAUACAGAACCUCAUGAAAUCAGGGGUGAUUCUAAGUUAGUUGAGUCUGUUUCUGGGCAAAGUACUCAUACACAGAUUGGCCAGCGAGCUUGGAAGCCUGCUCCUGGUUUUAAGGCAAAAUCGUUACUAGAAAUUCAACAGGAAGAACAGAGGAAGGCAGAGUCAGAAGUGAUUAUACCUGAGGUCACCAUCAACUCCCCCAGUUUGUCAACUCCUUGGGCCGGGGUUGUAGCCAAUUCAGAACCAAAAAUAUCUAGAGAAACUCCGGUAGAUGCAGGUAUUAAUGACUUAAAUGCUGGGAAGCCCAAAACUUCUCAAAACUCAAAGAGCAAGAAGAGCCCGCUACAUGAUUUAUUAGCAGAGGAGGUUUUGGCCAAGUCCAGUGAAAGAGAUGUUGAAAUUCCUAAUGGUGUGUCAACUCAGCAUUCUUCACAAAUUAUGCCCACCCAUUCAGAAUCCGUAGAUGACGAUAACUUUAUUGAGGCAAAAGACACCAAAAAGAGUCGCAAAAGGUCAGCAAAAGCGAAGGGUACUGGAACCAAGACCUCAAUAUCAGUUACUGCUGUAGAUGUGCCUGUUAGUUCAAGCCCCACUGAGAAAGUCAAAAGCUCCCGUUCUGUACAGCAGGAAAAGGAAGUAUUGCCUGCAAUUCCAUCAGGGCCUUCAUUGGGAGAUUUUGUUCCUUGGAAAGGAGAAACGGCUAACCCUGCUCCUUCUCCAGCAUGGCUUACAGACUCCGGGAAGAUUCCUAAACCCACAUCUUUAAGAGAUAUCCAAAAGGAGCAGGAGAAGAGGGUUGCUGCUGCUCAGCACCAAAAUCAGAUUCCAACUCCAAAGAAAUCACAGCCACCUCAAGUCACCCGCAAUAGUGCUCCGUCAUGGUCGCUUUCAGCAUCAUCUCCAUCUAAAGCUGCAUCUCCCAUCGCAAUUAAUUCCCAUGCAUCUCAGUCAAGAAAUAAAGUAGAAGAUGACUUAUUCUGGGGACCAAUUGAUCAAGCAAAGCAAGAAAAUAAGCAGGCAGAUUUUCCUCAUCUUGCAAGCCAGGGCAGUCAGGGAGUGAAAAAUACUCCUGUAAAAGGAACUUCAGCUGGUUCAUUAGGCAGGCAGAAAUCAGUGGGUGGAAAGUCAAAUGAGCGAUUACUUUCAUCCUCACCGUCUCAGUCAUCUACAAAAGGAAAAAGAGAUGCCAUGACCAAGCAAUCAGAAGCCAUGGGCUUCCAAGAUUGGUGCAAGAGCGAGUGCGUUAGGCUUAUUGGCACGAAAGAUACGAGUUUCCUUGAGUUUUGCCUGAAGCAAUCCAAAUCGGAGGCGGAGUUGCUUCUGAAACAGAACCUAGGGUCGUAUGAUCCCGAUCAUGAGUUCAUUGACAAAUUUCUCAACUACAAGGAGUUGCUACCGGCUGAUGUCCUUGAAAUUGCCUUUCAAAAAGGGAAUGACCAAAGAGGGGUCGCUGGGUUCAGCGGCGGAGAUGUGAAUUCAUACAGUGCAGAUGUUGGGGAUGUGGACCAAGACGGGUUCUCCAAAGGGGGCGGCAAGAAGAAGGGGAAGAAAGGAAAGAAGGUUAGUCCGGCUGUCUUGGGAUUUAACGUCGUGAGCAACCGCAUCAUGAUGGGUGAGAUCCAGACACUGGAAGAUUAGGGAGGAGGAUGAUGAAGUUUAAAGAUCAGAAGAGGCAGUUGUAAAUAGGUUUUUGGCUUUUGGACUGUAAAUGGCUUUUUACGUUCAUCGGUUUAGGAUUUUUCUUACCUGCCCCCUUUCUUUUAUCCCAUAUUUUCUGGAUCUUCCAUCUUUUGUAGUAGUAGUAGUAAGUGCCAGCCAGCCAACGACAGCAGCAGUGCUAUUUUUUUCUGCUCGAGCGAUUUUGUGUAACCUUAAAUUAUACCAUGGUAAGACUGCCUUCAAUUAUAAGGAAAAUUAAUGAAAAGGGCUUGAAAACCUUGAGUUUUAAC